AUGGCCAGGGGGAAGGCGCGGGGGAGGACGAGCGGAAGAGAAAAAGGGGGAGCGGGGGAAGAGGACGACAGGGGUUUCGGAAGGGUUUGGGGGGAGCCUGGGAGAUAUGGGUGGGGCGGGGGGCGGAGGGAUGGUGGGUUUGGGGACGGGGGUUUUGACGGCAGCGGGGGUUUUGGCGGAAGAGGAGGGGGGGACGCGGGGGGAGGCGCGCAUGGGGGGAGAGGCGGGAUGGGGCGCGGGGGAAUGGGCGGGGAGAUGGGGCCGAUGGGAAUGGGGGGGAUGGGUAUGGGGCAUAUGGGGGGACCGAUGGGGCCAGCGGGCGGAAUGGGAGGCAUGGGGGGAAUGGGAGGGAUGGGGGGAAUGGGAGGGAUGGGGAACAUGGGGGGAGGAAUGCCUAUGGGGGGAGGGGGCCCGCCUAUGGGCGCAGGGCGUCCCCCUAUGGGCGGUGACGGCAUACCCAUGGGCGGAAGCGGAAUGGCUGGAGGCGGAAUGGGCGGAGGGGGGAUGGGCGGAGGGGGAAUGCCCAUGGGCGGAGGGCCAGGAAUGCAGAUGGGGGGAGGUCCGGGCGGAAUGGGGGGGACGGGGAAUGCGCAUGGGUCCGCCUGGGGGAAUGUCGAGUUGACUCCUGAGAUAUUCGGCACCAAGUUUGAUGUUAUUCUGAUCGAUCCCCCCUGGGAGGA